UGUAGUGUCUAAAUAACUAACAAGUUCCAGAAUUGAAUCAGUAACAUGGGGAACUGUUACACAAUGCCGAAUAUUUUUAUCACAUAUACUGCACAACAUAACUAGAUUUAUUAAUGGAACUCACAACAAUUACAGCCUUAGUAUUUUUGUACAGAACAAUUUUAUUUCUUAAUACCUACAUUUUUCUCUUUCUACCACAUAUAAUGUUAAAAUGUUGGCUUGUUAAGUCUAACAUCUUUUAUCUUCCACUUGCAUGUAUAGAACACAUACUUAGUUUAUUUAAAUUUUAAUUUGUUUGUAUUAUGGUUACAUUUACCAAAAAAUGACAUGUUUUACUGGAAUUUCUUUUUGUUAUAUUUUUUUCACUGCAGUUACUUUAAAAUUUAGUUUAGCUUGUCAUACAAACUGUAAAACAUGCUGCACACAUAGUUAAGGAAUUUCCUGAUGUUUCAGUUAGACUAGAGAUCAGCUAAACUUUUUUCUUAGAUAUGUCACUUUCUUUUGAUUGCAGGUUUGUAAGGUGUUUGCAUAUGUGGUGCGAUUGUAUCUGAGAGGUCUCACAUGGGGCCAUCAUACAAACAGCUUUCUGACCCUCCACAAGGGCCAGUGCUGUAUUGGCACCUUGACUUUCACCUUACUGGAGUGUGCUGAGCUGAAAGUGGUCUGGGCACAGUUAUGUGGUUGCUGUGGUCCUGUUAUCUCAGUUCCCCCACCCCUCCUCCUUCACUCCCAGUUGUGGAGUUGCUGGCUGGUCCUCAGUUGAUGCUGAGUUCUCAGCCUGUCAUGAUGUACCUGUGGGCAGCUGCCAGCAUUCUCCUCUUGGUUGAUCACUGCUAUGGUGCAAAAUCAGAUGAUGUGGAACUGUAUCAGUCUCAGUGUCCUUCUGAUGAUGAGUAUGUGCAUUAUAGUUGUGUUGCCAGUGAUAAAUGCAGCACUCUCAGAGCACGUUCCAGCAUACACUUCUGUGAUCGAGGUGAUGAGCGCCUGAUCUGCUGUCCUCUGCCUGCACAAAAAGUGAAUAAAUGUGGUCAGCCAUUAGCAAACAAACCUCCGUCUAGUCGUCUUGUAGCUGCUGUUAUAGGAGGCAUUUCAUUAAGGAGUGCUGUUUCAUCUCCAUGGAUGGUUGCAGUUGGGCAGCGAACUAGGAAUGGCUCAAUUGACUGGUAUUGUGGAGGAGCCCUCAUUCAGGAAGACAGGGUACUUACAGCAGCACACUGUACUCUUAGAAGGAAACCAGACGUAGUGCGUGUAGGAGAAUUGGAUUUUGCACGCAGUGAUGACAGGGCUGCACCUCAAGAUGUAACCAUAUCAGCUGUGAAGGUACAUCCAUUUUAUCAACCACCAGAGCAUUAUCAUGACAUUGCUGUGCUGCAGCUUGCUAAUCCUGUGGAACCAAGCCAGUAUAUCAGUACCAUUUGUCUUCCACAAUUAGGAGACAAUGAUGACGAAUUAAGUGGAAAGACUGCAAUGCUUUAUGGUUGGGGACUCCUUGGAUUUGGUGGAGAAAAACCAGAUACACUUCAGGAAGCAAGUGUUAUAAUCUUUAACAAUUCAGUGUGUAAUGAACAAUAUUCGCGACCGUCAGUUCCAAAACAGAGAUAUCCUCAGGGAAUUAUUGACUCUCAGUUAUGUGCUGGUCAUGAAGAAGGUGGAAAAGAUGCCUGUCAGGGUGACUCUGGUGGUCCACUUGUCUUACGAAAUGGUGGUGUUUACACAGUGGUUGGAAUUGUCUCCUCUGGAGUUGGAUGUGGAUCCAAGUCAUUUCCUGGAAUUUAUACUAGAGUCUCAUCAUAUGUCACAUGGAUUCAAAAACAACUGUAAAUAUUCAGAUAAAAUAAAGCACAAAGUCUUUCUUUUA